CGGACGCGGCCCCCCUUUUUGCCUCUGGUCACGUGGUCGCCAAGCUGGAUCAGCUGACAUCACCAGCUUCUCCUUCUGAUGCCGAGUCUUCUCCAUCGAGCGAUAGCGCGUCUUUAAACCCCAUUAUUACGUUUUCUUAGCGUCUCUGGCGUCAAAUUACAGAUUUGAGCCGAGGACAUCUCACUGAUUAAUUAAGUUAGAUAGCCAGAUAGAUGCUGCUAGAGUGGAUGAUGAACGGACACGCUAUUCUGUACACGGGGGUCACUUUGGCCUUCUGGAGCACCAUACUAAUCGUCGGACUAUGCUAUACCAUCUUUGACCUUGGAUUCCGCUUCGAUGUGGCAUGGUUCCUGACAGAGACCUCUCCUUUCAUGUGGGCCAAUCUGGGCAUUGGCUUGGCCAUCUCUCUGUCUGUGGUGGGAGCAGCCUGGGGGAUCUACAUCACUGGCUCCAGCAUCAUUGGUGGUGGUGUCAAGGCUCCACGAAUCAAAACCAAGAAUUUGGUUAGCAUCAUCUUCUGUGAAGCUGUGGCGAUCUACGGGAUCAUCAUGGCCAUUGUAAUCAGCAACAUGGCCGAGAACUUCAGUGGAACAACGCCUGAGACCAUCGGGGCAAGGAACUACCAAGCUGGUUACUCCAUGUUCGGAGCCGGUCUGACUGUUGGCUUCUCCAACCUCUUCUGUGGCAUCUGCGUUGGCAUCGUGGGCAGCGGAGCCGCUUUGGCAGACGCCCAGAACGCCAACCUCUUCGUGAAGAUCCUCAUUGUGGAAAUCUUUGGCAGUGCUAUUGGCCUGUUUGGUGUCAUUGUAGCCAUUCUGCAGACAUCGAAAGUAAAGAUGGGUGACUAGAAGAUGCAUUCACACGCUGAGAAGAUAAAAAAAGAACUGCUGGAAAAAAAGACGGAUUAUUGUGUAAAUACAUCGUAAAUUAUUUAAAUGUCUCUAUUUGCCUGGUAUUGUUUUUAACGCAUCAUUUAUGCAAGAGUGGUACGUGCACACCCGACUGUCUUUUCUUGAGAGAAACAUCAAUAUUAGAAAAGACUAAAAAAAAAAAAAAAAAAAAAAAAAAAAAAAAAAAGAUGCCUGUGUUUCGUGUACGGUACAUAUUCUGAUUAUAAAUGAUUGAACCUUCAGUUCAGCUUGAUGGAUAGUACAAACAGAAUGAAUUGUAGGAAUUUAGAUGUGUUUCCUAACACCAGCCAGUCUUAAGUCUUGAAUCGCUCUCAAAACUUACAGAUGGGUUCAUGCAAGUUGGGACAAAUCUAUUUUUUUCUGACCACUCUUGGAUAAACGAUGAGUGUAAAAA